UGCUCUACACCUCUCAGCGUCUUCUAGGAUCAUAGAAGCUCCAUGUUCCAGUUGCUUGCCUUCUGUGUGGUUCCUGGACACGGACUACAGACAGAUUCUCAUGGCUGCUUUGACAGUAGAGGAGAAUGAAGGCCAAGGCCCCCCCUCCACCUCAACCUCCUCAACCUGCCCCCCGCAGGAUCUUCCAUAAUGCCGUUCCUGAUGGAGGAAGAUCUUCAGGGGGAGACAGCAAAGAAAACAUGCUUCGACCCUCUGUGGAUCUCCAUAUCAGUCUGCCUUCAGGGUACCAGACCACCGUCAAUGUGGAUGGCAGAAAAGCUCUGAUGGAUUUGUUGGUGGAUCUGUGUAGUCAAUACCAUCUGAAUCCAGCAUAUCACACUCUGGAGCUGCUGUCACCCGAUGCUCAACCCGUCAGCUUUAAGCCCAACGCCCUGCUGGGGGCCCUGGACGUCUCUUGUGCCCUGAUCAAAGAGCGAGUGCUGGAGGACAAGGUAAUCCGGAAACCUCCACCCAAGGUGCCAGAGAAAACGGUGCGUUUGGUGGUGAACUAUCACCGAAGUCAGAAGGCCGUGGUUCGAGUAAAUCCAUUGGCCCCUCUGCAUAUCCUGGUGCCCGUGAUCUGUCAGAAGUGCGAGUUUGACCCAGCCCAUGUCCUGCUGUUCAGAGACAAUAUCAGCCACCAACAGCUGGACUUGGACAAGUGCCUGAGUGAGCUGAAUAUCAGGGAACUCUAUGUCCUGGAUCAAACACUAGCUGAAUCUCUUCACUCCUACAGUCUGAGUGGAUCAGAGAAAAAAGGUCUGCUGGGCUUCCUAGAGUUUAAUCGCAGGAAAUCAAAGGGUAUGUCGGUGGUGGCAAGCGGUCCAUGUGUGGAGACCCAUCCCAGCACUCUGGGUCAGUCUCAGUCUGUGAUGAACAUCUCCAAGAUGUCCCCAAAAGUGGAAUUAAAGAAACGAAGAGCUCCAUCACCCCCAACAGCUCCCACACAGACUUUACCGCUGACAUCACAGAUAAACCUCAGCUCUCCAUCCUCACACAACCAGCUUAAGAAGCGGAAGGCUCCAGCACCUCCACCCACACCGUCACCCAAACCAGCUAUUUCCACUUCUGUGCCUACUGUAUCUGUGCGGGCCCCCUGCGUCCCGGUGCCAGCUCCCAGAGCCUCAACUCCAGCCGAUGAUUCUGAUCUGAGUCAUAGUAUUGAGGAUUCAGAACCGGCCAGAUCCAUCUGUAGUAGCUCCAGCAGUGAUGUAGCUGCAGGAUCCAGCAGCAGUAGUCUAGCUGAAGAACCUGUAACACAUCAGGUUCAUGUGAUAGCUGCAUACACCACAUAUACACCGGAACCUGAACCUGAACCUGAACAUGAACACAAGGAAGAAGCAGCUCCUCAGACUGUGCCAGAACAAGAACCAGGUCCAAGUUCAGAGGAUCAAAUGGCAGAAGACCCAGAGCUAGAGAUGGAGCUAAAAAUGGAAGAGAUGGAGAAUAAUCGUAAUAGCGGAAUAGCCUGGCUGCAUUCAGCUCCUGAGUCUGUGUCAGAGAAGAUAGCAGAGCAGGAAAUGGAAACGGUGUCUGUUGCCAGCAGUGAGAGUUUUGCAGACCAGGGCUAUGCAGCAUCAGACGGCAUGGCCGAUGAGUCCAUCCCAGUCUCUCCCUCUGAAAGGAUACAGUCUGUGUCACCCGUGGAUAUCAUGUCUUUAAACAGUGGCUCAGCUCUGCCUGCUAACCAGUCCAAAGACUCUUCCAGUGACAGCGAUGAGGGUUGUGCAACCUGGGGCGCCAGACAAAGUAGUGGAAAUAUUCAGCGAGGACAUCAGUCAAUCAAGAGACAAAAUGGAUAUGAAGAGCCAGAGAUUACUGCUCAGAUACAGCUCACCUUGGCCAAUCUAGAUGCAAAUCUGGCAGACAUUAAUUACUCAGCAGGAACAUCUGUGUUUGUGGAGGAUGAAAUACCUGUUUCCAUUGUUGACAUGGACAUUCCAGUGACAACUAUUGAUGAAGUUUUUGAGGAUGACCGGUGCAGCUCGAGUGAGUGUGAGGCAGCAUUGCUAUGCAGCUCUCAAAACAUUACCAGCCAAUUGUGUGCACCAUGUGAAGCUAUACAAAACAAAAACAACAAUGCCUGCCUGAUAGAGGAGAAACACAGAAGUCCAUCUCCAGACAUAAAGAAGCAGUCACAAGAGACUACACUCACAGUUAUUGAGAAAACCGUGAGUACACCUCGAACCAGCGAGAAGCCAACACAAGACACUAAACUUGUGGAAGAGAAACUGUACAAUAUGGAACAGAAGGCUGUCUUCAACUCCGAGACUAAGAGUAAAGCUGUAAAUGAAGAAUUAAAGAGUCAGAGAGACAUAGUAUCACAGAAGUCCCAAAGUUUUGUGUGUCCUGCUGUUCAAAGGGUUCAAAAGGUUCCUGACGAGAGACUGAAGACUGUACCUAUGGUCCAGAGGUUCAGUACAGAGACUGCUUAUGAUGAAAGGACACCUAUUAUCAGAGUCCCGACAACUCAGGGUAAGAUCACCCAGAGUUCCGUCUCUCGCUUUGGAAUGAAAACCUUCACUGUCAUCCCCCCCAAACCAGCUGUGUCUCAGACCAAGCCUACAGGCUCUCUAGUCAUAGGUGCCAUUAAGAUUGAUGAACAGGGCAACAUGGUUACACAAAAACAGAUUUCCACUGGCCCAGAGAAAAAUGGCAAUCCCAAUGUGGACGCUAAUACAGAAACAUCCCCAUUGGACAAAGCCAAAACAUUCUGGAGCACUGCAGAAAAGCAAGACCAGGGGCCCAUAGUAAACAACAGAGAUACUGAUGUGUUGAAACCCUCGAUUGUGUCUGGAGUCUCUAAACUUUCAGUGAAAACACCUCCUGAGGAAACACAUAAAGAGGGCAUUAUAUUGGAAAGGAAGCCCAUAGCUGUAGUGGCAAGUAAGCCUUCAUUCCCAGAGCCUGCAGAAAAUCCCUUUUUCACAGCUGAAAGGCGAGAUCUCUCUUUUCUUAUACCCUCCAGAAGAACCUCCAGCCAAUACGUAGCUUCUGCCAUUGCUAAAAACAAUAGCAUUCCCAACACUAAAACAGAUAUCAAGCAGGCACCAUCAGAGUCCAUUGUUGGUGUUCAAAAACCUGUCAGUCAACAGUUUAAUAGUGAGGUUAGACUUACAAACAUACACAAACCUGCUAAUGCUUUCAAACCCCCCCAAAAUUCAAUGCCUUCUUUUGGACACCCUAAACACCUGAAAAGGUACAUCAGUCAUGUUGCCAAAAAGCCGGCAAGUUCUGAGAGAAUAAGCAGCGUUGAAAAAGGCACUCUGCUUGGGGAAGACAGAACCAAAUCUCUUGAAUCACAUCCCUUAAAUAACAAAAUCCAGCCUUCUACACAUAUGUCUGUUCACAUUAAACACAUGGAGUCUUCCUCUGAAGAAGCCACACCAAUCAAUAAGUUCCCAGACACCUCCUCUGUAAGAGAGACGCCAACAGACACCACACGUCCACCACUUACAAAGAAGCCAGAGUUACACAAAUCUGAGAUUCCAUCUGAACCAAACCAGGCUAACUUGUUUGGACCAGUUAAGAAGUUCAAGCCUGUUACUUUUAAGCCUGUACAGAAGAAAACUUCUAUUCAUAGCUCGCUUAUGGAGGCCAUACAGUCUGGAGAGGGCAUUGAACAGCUCAGAAAGGUGUCUGGCUUGUCUACCAACUGCACAGUUAGGAAGCCAACUUACAAUGAUGCAGAUAACGAGCAUUCAGCACUUCUUUCCUCAAUAAGAGCUCCAAACAACUCUGCCAGACUGAAGAAGACCAAAUCAGGAGCAGCUAAGGAGUUGGAGCUGAUCAGGAAACUUGAGGAGGACAGAAAUGUCCAGAGAGAUGAUAUCUCACCUCCUCCCACUUCUUCUCCUGCCUUUGUGCCAUCCCCACCUCCAUCCUUUAGUCCUCCCCCACCUCCACCUUCAGCUCCAGUCAAGACCCCUCUAGUGCUGCCUGCUGGAGGAAACCCAGAGUCGGCCCGAGAGGCUCUUCUGGAGGCCAUUCGCUCAGGCUCUGGGGCUCAACAUCUGAGGAAGGUCCCUGUCACACAGACAAGACGGCAAGUGAAUGGGAGACUUGGCACCAUCCAGACAACAUCACCGCUUUCUUAUGGACACUAGAAACCUUCACUGGAUCACCGUUUGGGUUUACCCAUUGCCAAACCUGGUGUUUAAGCAUAAAUUCUUUAUUUAUAGUGAUAUGCUGAUUCACAUCCAUGCCAAUACUAAUUUGUCUAGUUUCAGGCAGUUUAUGUCUUGCUACUGAAAUUCUAAUGAUGACAGUGUAGUUCUUUGUUAAUGCUGCUUUGAGUUAGAUUUUUUUUUCUCUCUCAUAUGUCUGCCUGACUUCUAUAUCUCUAUCAGUAUUAUACCUGAAUAUAUUAUGCAGGUAUUUGCUGUUGCAUCACAGUAUAAGGUGGUGGGCUGCAAUUGAAUCCACCUGCCAACCACAACAGUCUGUGGCUUUUUGAUAUUUAUUUUUUAAAGGAACACUAAGUGGUAAAAUGG